AUGAAUUCUAAAUUUGCUGAUGAAUUAAUUGCAACUGCUAAAGCAAUUGUAGCACCAGGUAAAGGUAUUUUAGCAGCAGAUGAAUCAACCAAUACAAUUGGAGCUCGUUUCAAAAAGAUUAAUUUAGAAAACAAUGAAGAGAACAGAAGAGCCUACAGAGAACUUUUAAUUGGUACUGGUAAUGGUGUUAACGAAUUUAUUGGUGGUAUUAUUUUAUAUGAAGAAACUCUUUACCAAAAGAUGGCAGAUGGUAGAUUAUUCACAGAUGUUUUAAGAGAACAAAAGAUUCACAUUGGUAUUAAAGUUGAUAAGGGUGUUGUACCAAUUCCAGGUACCGAUGGUGAAACCUCAACCCAAGGUUUAGAUGGUCUUGCAGAGCGUUGUAAGAAAUACUAUGAAGCAGGUGCACGUUUCGCAAAAUGGAGAGCAGUCUUAAAGAUUGAUCUUGCCAAGAAUUGUCCAUCCCAAUUAUCAAUCACUGAAAAUGCACACACAUUAGCUCGUUAUGCUGCAAUUUGUCAAGAGAAUGGUUUGGUCCCAAUCGUCGAACCAGAAAUCUUAAUGGAUGGUAAUCACACUGUCGAGCAAUCUGCUGAAGUCACUGAAAAAGUUUUAGCUGCAGUUUUCAAAGCACUCAAUGACCAUCAUAUCUUAUUAGAAGGUGCCUUAUUAAAACCAAAUAUGGUCGUCAAUGGUACCGACUGUCCAAUCAAAGCCACCUCUGAACAAAUUGGUAAAUUCACCGUCCGUACCCUUCAACGUACUGUUCCACCAGCUCUUACUGGUGUUGUUUUCUUAUCUGGUGGUCAAACUGAAAUUGAAGCCACUGCAAACUUAAACGCUAUGAAUGUCUUACCAAAUCGUCCAUGGGCUCUCUCUUUCUCAUACGGUCGUGCCUUACAGGCCUCUGUCAUCUCCACUUGGAAAGGUGAAUCUGCCAACGUUGAAGCUGCUCGUAAAGUUUAUUUACAUCGUGCCAAGUGUAACUCUCUUGCUCAACUCGGUAAAUACACUGGUGAGGAAUCAACUGGUUCAGCAUCUGAAUCAUUAUAUGUAAAAGAUUACAAAUAUUAA